UCACUCUUAAAGAAAGCAACGGAAGUGUUAGUCAUCUGUCACUCAUUUGUUUUGUUCGUCAUCUUUUGUUGGUUUCGCAAAUAGGAGACAUUAGAAAUAUAAUUAGCUCAUCGCCAAUUUUAGUGUACAACGUGAUUUCAUUUUAAACAACAAAAAUGGCAUAUGGUGCUCAACCCUCCGAUCAAUAUCUAUGGGAUAUUUUUUUAAGAGUGGACCGUGAUAGGAGUGGAAGCAUAACAGUAAAUGAAUUGCAAGCAGCUCUUUCAAAUGGAACUUGGCAGCCAUUCAAUCCUGAAACAGUUCGAAUGAUGAUAGGCAUGUUUGAUAGAGAUAAUUCUGGAACAAUAAAUUUUGAAGAGUUUAAAGCUCUGUGGAAGUACAUAACUGACUGGUUGAAUUGUUUUCGCAGUUUUGAUACUGACCGUUCUGGAAAUAUAGACAGAAAUGAAUUAAAAAGUGCUUUAACAAGUUUUGGUUACCGAUUAUCAGAUACCUUUGUAGAUUUAUUAGUACAAAAGUUUAAUCGUGAUGGUACAAUGACUAUUAAGUUUGACGAUUUUAUUCAAUGCUGUGUCUUAUUGCAAACUUUGACUGCUGCCUUCAGGUUCCAUGACACCGAUUUGGACGGAUGGAUAAGAAUUUCUUAUGAAGAGUUUCUAACGCUCGUCUUUAGUCUCAGAAUGUAACAAAAGCAAGGAAAAAUUCCAUGUUAUGCCUGUUGUCCGUCUUGGAGACAUUGUCGUUCCCUUCUGUACAAUUGUUAUAAAUGUUUAUCAAUAUAUGUAUAUAUACUAUAUUGUUAACAUUAUUUGUGUACCAUAUUUUUUGUUGAUUGUUUUGCCAAAGAAAUAUUUGGAUAUUUAUAGAGGCUUUUAUGAUUGAAAAUACAAGUAAUCAAAUGUACAUAAUUGAAAAAUUUUAUGAAAAU